AUGGCCUACGCUGACGCGACGAGGAAUCAAAAGGUCGUGAUCGUCGUCAAUGGUAUCAUUCGCCUCAUCCAGAUAGGCGUCGGGGUACUCACCAUCUGGUUAUACAAGCCGGAGAAAGGGUAUUGGCUAAGCAGCAACAUCUCAAGCAAACUCACCUUUGAGCUCGUCCUCGGCGCCUUCGCCGUCGUGACCGGACUCGUCCUUGCCCUCGUCCCCUUCAAGAUGUCUUACCGCCCCGUCGCCCUCGCGUGUCCAUGGGAUCUGGUCAUGUUCUUCAUGUACUCGGCCGCCUUUGGCUACAUGAGAGCCAUCAAUCGAAAAUUGCGCGACCAGGAGUACCGCACCAAAGACCCGUAUAACACCGAACUGUUCGCCGCCCACGAGUUGUCCAUGAUGCACAAAGUAUGGGUGAAUUUGGCCGGCAUGGGCGUCUUCCUUACCAGUGCCGUCAUGGGUGCCGUUUUGAUCUGGAUCGGACGAAAGAACAGUCGCAGCAGCACCAAACAUAGCGCUAUUUGA